UGUAUUUAAUUACUAUAUCGUAGCCACCAGCAGAGCUGCUCAAUCCGCAGGUCUACACGCACCCACCCAAUCCAUCGUCCCAGCUGCAGAGCGCGCAAGAACACUCACAAAGCAGCUGAGCUAUGGCACAAGCCAUGGAGGAAAGCGCCACAAAUAGCCACGGUACUGAUGAUCCUCUAUCCAAACUUCCGACGAGGGAGGGGUGGGCGCAGCCAUUGGUGCUCUACAAGAACUACUGGCUCCGUCCACGUUUCGCUGCAACCAUCAUGCGCCUCCAGAACACCUUCGAAGCUCGCCACGACGACAUCGUUCUCGCAACGAACCCCAAGUGUGGCACCACGUGGAUCAAGGCCCUCGCCUUCGCAAUCACCAAUCGCUCCCGGUAUGAGUUUGGCAAUCACCCUCUUCUCUUCCGUCAUCCCCAGGACGUGGUGCCAUUAAUCGAGAUCCCUCGAGAUGGUGGCAUGACCUAUGUAGAGACACUCCCAUCUCCAAGGCUUCUUGCCACCCAUAUACCCCUCUCGUUGUUCCCAGAUUCCUUAGCUACUUGUGAUUGUCAUAUUGUGUACGUUUGUCGAGAUCCAAAGGAUGCCCUUGUGUCCCGGUGGCACUUCGAGAAUAAGGUUCAUAGGGAGCGUAGCAUUGACUUUGAGGCUGCUUUCAACAUGUUUUCCGAAGGUUUCUCAGGCCACGGACCUUUUUGGGAGCAUUGCCUCGAGUACUGGAGGGAGAGCAUCGCAUGCCCUAACAGGAUUCUUUUUCUCAAGUACGAAGAUAUGAUGUCAGAACCAGUGAAGCAUGUCAUCAGACUUGCAACAUUCCUCCGUGUCCCCUUCAGUAUCAAGGAAGAAGAAGAUGGGAUACCUGAGGAGGUGGUGAGGUUGUGCAGCUUUGAUAAGCUUAGCAGCUUGGACACCAACAAGACAGGUGAACUGGUCCGGCCUGGCAACCUAAUUAUUGAGAAGUCAGUGUUCUUCAGGAAAGGGAAGGUGGGGGAUUGGGUGAAUCACAUGAGCCAAGAGAUGGGGAGAAAGCUAGAUUGCAUUGUGGAAGAGAAAUUGAAGGGAACUGGCCUUGUGCUCUAAUGUGCAUCUCCUUUUGCUUUUAUUUUCUUUGUAUGCUUUAUAUUUGACAUCAUAUUUGUAUGUUUGCAAGAAUAAACAUGUCAUAUUUGCAUGUUCUGCUUUUUCUCUCUCUUAAA